CCGCCGUUCCGAGUGCACGCCGCGCCGCGCACGCACACCACGCACCCGUCGCCAUGAUGCGGCGCGGUUCAAUGGCCAUCGCCGGCGGCGGCGAGCCCUUGAUCGUGGUGGAGGAGAGUGGGGCUGAAGAUGCUGAAUCUUACCGGUCCCCCGUACCUAUCCGUGGGUUCUCUGAGGACCAAGAGUCUCCACCAGAUCCAUACCACCUGUCGCCGUGGCGUGAAACUCGCAAGCACUCUCUUCCAACGCCAUCAUGCACGUCUGGACCUACUGCUAGUCAGGUACGACGAUUAUCGGAGCGUGGAGAGGGUGUAGCGCGUGAAGCCCGUGAAGCAGCAUUCUUGGCCACUUUAAGCCAAGCUCCGCCCCAGCCUGGAGGCCGAAGACAUUCCGUUGUGACAAUAUCGAGAGUGCCUCAGGCGCUCUUCGGACGAGGUCGUCGUGAAUCAAUUGCGGCUUUCCCUGCUCUUUCCCGUCGUCGUGACUCGGGUGCGAAAAAAUGUCCACCAGCUACUGACAAUCUGGGAAGUACGCACAACCUUCAACUGGAUAUAAUGGACGAUAUCGUUCAAGCUCGCAAAGUACGAAUGCGUCUCUGGAAUACGUCAAACGAAAGAGUUUGUGAAGUUCAACCUCUCGAUGAACGAUCUCCCAUAAGUAGUUCCGUCAGAUACACGAAAAGUGGACGUCGACACUCAGAUUUCAUUGGGUCACCAUUGCCACCCAUUCCAGCGCGUCGUCGUGCUUCAGAAAUGCCUCCACCUAUACCUCCGCGGGCUGGAGCAGGCGUUGUUUGCACUGAUACAGAUCUCAAACUUAUGUUAAAUGCACUGACUUCUUCUGCUACAGAGAUAGAUCGAUGCGGUAAGCCUGACCGCAAUAGACGACUGGCUGAUAUGCGCUCUAGCAGUUUUGAUGCAUCGACAUUACGUGAAAAACUAUCAGAAUCGGGAACGACUUGGUUUACUCGACGACAUCAAACACUUGCAACUAAGAAGAAAGAAAAUGAGAUAAAGAAACCAAGAGUGACAUUCGCACCAGAUGCUAAACCAGCAACAGGAGACGCAGCUGCUGUAGUAUGGGACAAGCCAUCGGGCUCAGUAGUGGACGCAAGCGCACUCGGAAGCGCUAUUGAAGUUUUCCUACGUAGUGGCAAUACUGUCAAUCCCGGACCAUCGACAUCCGGUAUAUCAGUGCCACAAGUAACUAAACCGAAACCCGAAAAUGAAGCACGACCGAGCACGAGCCGAGCGGGACGUAGUGAAGGUGAACGCUGGUUCAUAAACAGAUCAGAAGAAGAAGAGGGCUGCGAUGCUUCUUUAUGCUCAUCGCUGAAAGAUCUUUUUGUGUAAACAAAGAAGAAAUAUUGAAAAUUCUUACACAUAAUACCUAUUUGUCAAGUACUGAAUUAUUUCUCGGGCGGCAAGUGAGGACAACUCGAGGUUCCUCACCGUCGCCCUCGAUGUACCUUACUUUAUAAAUCUUUCAAUGUGAUAGACUGCACGCUGGAUGCCAGCGCCGGUCGUCCCGAGUCGACUCACGACCGACGCUUGCUCUGCGUUCAAUUAUUUUUAGAGUAAAUUCUAUUUUCAUUGUAAAAUUUUUGAUAUUAGCAAUCAAAUUAUUAGACUUAUCGUUAGUUAGAAAAUUGUAAGUAUUUGUAAUGAACGGACGCGCACUUUCCACGUCGCGCUCACGGCGACUUCCCACCGCGUGCUCCGGACCCUACCCCGUCUCGUUGUCGACAGUCUAUGUCUUGUAAUCAAAUGUUAACCAUUAAAAAAUUUAACUUUAUCAUUGUAUAGCAGAUAAUUUAAAAAGAUGUCGCGUCGGGAGAAACGUACGCUUAAAAGACGAAUAUGACUUUCGUCAUUUAUGAAUAAAGUUUUUAUCGAUGUU